UCCCUUGCGUCUCUUUGCGCUAUUUUGGUCGUGGUCGAGGCAGCACCUCCGCGUCGUUUUGCACUGGUAAACGGUUUUUUUGAGGGGAUCGUGGUCGGUGUUUGCGUCGGCGUGGCGCCUGGGAAUCAGCGGAAGUUAACAAUGGUGGUGCCCCUGGGUUCAGUUUUCAGAGUGGUUGUCUGCGUCGUUCUUGUCGUGGUUUGCUCUGCGGUCUUCAAGUGUGAUGCUCAACUCUUGCCACCAGAAGAAGUUGAUUUACUGAACACAAUCGCCAAGAAAAUGCAAAACGUAUACUGGAAUGUAGGCGAAACAUCAUGCAAAGGGGGUCAAGGUCUAAAUUUGUCCUUGGCUUUAGGAAUAAUGAGCAACGUGACUUGCAACUGUUCCUUCAAUAACGGCACAAUUUGCCACGUCACAAAUAUCCAGCUGAGGGGACUUAAUUUGACAGGGAGUUUUCCCGAUGAAUUUGGCAGCCUCACUUACCUAACGGAAAUAGACCUCUUUCAUAACUACAUUAGUGGAUCGCUCCCCACAAGUCUUACUCAGAUACCACUUACCAUUCUGUCAGCAAUUGGAAAUCGCAUAAGUGGUAUUCCCAAGGAAAUCGGCAACAUUAGCACGUUGGAAGAGCUGUAA